GGACCCCCAAGCUUGUUGGUGUCUAACCUCUCUGUGCUGUAGAAGGAUGGACUCAUACCUGAUCCAAGUGAAUGGCCACGGAGAUCAUGCCCCUGUGCUGGAUAUUCAUCUCAAGACCAAUGGGAACACCAUAUCGCUGGGGAAGGUGAAGGGCCGGAAGCCAAGAUGGGCUGUCAGGGCUUCCGAAAUGUCAAAGAAGACUUUCAAUCCUGUCCGAGCCAUCGUAGACAGCAUGAAGGUGGAGCCUAACCCAAAGAAAGCUAUGAUCUCCUUGUCCUUAGGAGACCCGACAGUCUUUGGAAACCUUCCCACAAAUGAUGAGGUCACACGGGCUGUGAAGGAGGUUUUGGACUCAGGACGUUACAAUGGUUAUGCUCCAUCUGUUGGCUACCAGUCCUGCCGGGAAGCAGUGGCUGCAUACUACAGCUGCCCAGAGGCACCACUGGAGGCCCAGGACGUCAUCUUAACAAGUGGCUGCAGCCAGGCCAUAGAACUUGCCUUGGCAGUGCUGGCCAACCCAGGCCAGAACAUCCUAGUGCCGCGGCCCGGCUUCUCCCUCUACAAGACUCUGGCAUUGUCUAUGGGGAUUGAGGUCAAACUCUACAACCUCUUGCCAGAGAAGGCCUGGGAAAUUGAUUUGAAGCACUUGGAGUCUCUGGUGGAUGAGAAGACAGCUUGCCUCAUUGUGAACAACCCAUCGAACCCCUGUGGCUCUGUUUUCAGCAAGAGCCACCUCCAGAAGAUCCUGGCAGUGGCAUCAAGACAGUGCGUGCCCAUCCUUGCUGAUGAGAUCUAUGGAGACAUGGUGUUUGCUGACUGCAAAUAUGAACCCAUUGCAACUCUCAGCACAAACGUGCCAAUCUUGUCCUGUGGUGGCUUGGCAAAGCGGUGGCUAGUCCCUGGUUGGCGGAUGGGCUGGAUCCUAAUUCAUGACAGGAGAGACAUCUUUGGUAAUGAGAUCAGGGAUGGCCUUCUAAGACUGAGUCAAAGGAUCCUAGGACCCUGUACAAUUGUCCAAGGAGCACUGGAACGUAUCUUGCACCGAACACCCCCUGAGUUCUACCACAACACCCUCAGCAUCCUAAAGUCCAACGCUGACCUUUGUUAUGCUGCCUUAUCAGCUAUCCCUGGCCUCCAGCCUGUCCGGCCUGCCGGAGCCAUGUACCUCAUGGUUGAGAUUGAAAUGGAGCAUUUCCCUGAGUUUGAAAAUGAUGUGGAGUUCACUGAGCGACUCAUCUCUGAGCAGUCUGUGUUCUGCUUGCCAGCCACGUGCUUUGAGUACCCAAACUUCUUCCGCGUGGUGAUCACUGUGCCUGAGGAGAUGAUCUUGGAGGCCUGCAGUCGUAUUCAGGAGUUCUGUGAGAUGCACUACCAGGGUGCUGAGGGGGCCCAGGAUCUGGAGUGUGACAAGUAG